AAAACAAGCUGAUGCACUCGAGUCUAUUAAUACUUCCACAUAUUUUUCAGAUUGGUUUGAAUGUUUAAGGGAUGCAGCAUCAACUGCAGUUCAUCUACUGCUAGUGCUCCAAGGUCCGGUUUGG